CUGGUCUCUCAGGCUGUGUCAGUGGCUGAGUAGGAAGGUCUGACACACUUUAUUUCAUAUGAAAACUAUGGAACAGAGCUUGAUGUUCCCAGUGGUGGCUGCUGUUUUACUGCUGGUAGUGACGGUGUUGUACUUCCUCCUGCGAGGCUCUGCAGGAGAGAAGAAAAAGAAGAAGCUACCUGUCACCCUGCAGGACCCUAUGGUCAAAUAUCCACUUCCCCUGAUACACAAACAGGAAAUCAGUCAUGACACAAAGAAAUUUCGGUUUGGCCUUCCAUCUAGGGCUCAUAUCCUUGGACUACCAGUAGGUCAACACGUGUACCUGACAGCCAAGGUGAACGGCGUUCUGGUGAUCAGAGCCUACACUCCAGUCUCCAGUGAUGAGGAUCAGGGAUAUGUCGACCUUGUGGUAAAGGUGUACUAUAAGAACUGCCAUCCCACAUUUCCAGAGGGAGGGAAGAUGUCUCAAUACCUGGACAACAUGGCUAUUGGAGACACUGUUGAUUUUCGAGGACCCAAUGGGCUGCUGGUGUAUAAGGGAAAUGGUCAGUUCUCCAUCCGACCUGACAAGAAAUCAGAGCCCAAGGUUCGGAAGUUUAAGCGUGUUGGAAUGAUUGCUGGUGGAACAGGUAUCACUCCUAUGCUGCAGUUAAUUCACAGGAUCGCAGCCGACCCCACUGACAACACAAAGUGCUCUCUCAUUUUUGCCAACCAGACGGAGAAGGACAUCCUCCUGAGGGAGGAGCUGGAGGAGGUGAAGAAGAACCAUCCUGACAAAGUGAAGCUCUGGUUUACACUGGACAAACCACCACAGGAUUGGAGCUACAGUUCAGGAUUUGUGACCUAUGACAUGAUCAAGGACCACAUCCCUGCUCCAUCCUCUGAUGUUCUUGUUGUCCUGUGUGGUCCUCCUCCAAUGAUCCAGAAUGCCUGUCUGCCAAAUCUGGAGAAGCUGGGACACAAAACAGAAAACAUCUUUUCAUACUAGUAUUUUAAUGGCUUUGUUCACUGUAAUCAUUCUGUCACAAAUCCAUAAAUCACUGUAGGAGCACUGCUGAAGGUCUAAUACUAUCCAAAAUGACAAACAAGUGCACGCUGUUUUACUGGUGCUGAUGACACUGCUUUGGUAGUUAACAUUUUCAGUGACAACCUGUACUAUAAAAUGGGCAUGUAACUGACAUCAAAAUUAAUAAGUAACUAUGAAAAUUCCUAACAACUCUGUUUAUAAAAAGAAAACAGACAAUUUAAACUGUAUUUUCAGUCCAAAAUGAAAUAAUCAAUGGGAAAAAAUCUAAUAAAGAUGCAAA